UACAAUAAAGUUGGAGAAAAAAUGUCGUCGUCAGGACCACGUGACUAUCCCGGAAGUGUGUGUUUGAGCCAAAAUGGCGGCACGUUGCAGUGAGGAACCAGAACCAGGAUCCAGUUUCUUCCGUUUCUUCAGUUUGUUCAGCUUCUGAGAGAGUCGCAGCGGGACGCCGGGGAUCAGGCAGGAGGUCUCAGUUCACAUUAAACACAGUUAGCAUUAUUCACCCGGUUAAAACUUUGUUGUUAGACAUGUUGUUAGCUUAGCCGCUAGCAACAUGUCGAGUCACGGGUGUGUUGUCAACAAGUAAACACACAGGUAAACAGCCGACAUGCUGCCUAUCAUCUCACUGAGGUCCUUUAACCACAGAUUAGCACGUUAGCAGGUAUGGAGCAGUGUGUGUGGAGGAGACAUGUCUCCGAUCAGCUGAAGCAGAGAGACCGAGUCCAGAGACAAGCCUUCGAGGAGCUCAUCCACCAGUAUACUCGUCUCCUGGAGAAGUCAGACCUGCAGGCCGUCCUCUCUGAAAGAUAUCAGGCUGAUAAAUAUGAGCUGCAGCGAGGACACGAGGGCGGGUCAGACGGGUCGCUGCAGCAGGAGGUGUCUCUGAUGAGGAUCAGACACCAGGAGGAGCUGACAGAGCUGCACAAGAAGAGAGGAGAGCUGGCUCAGAAUGUGAUCGAACUGAACAACCAGAUUCAACAGAAAGACAAGUUAAUCCAGAGCAACGAGGCCAAGAUGUUGCAGUACCAGCAGCAGAUCUCCGGCCUGGAGGGGGACUGUCGGGACCUCAGGGGCCUCCUGCAGGACCUGGAGCGAGCCAAUCAGACGCUGAAGGACGAGUACGACGCCCUGCAGAUCACCUUCUGCGCUCUGGAGGAGAAGCUGAGGAAAACAUCCGAAGACAAUCAGGAGCUGGUCUGCCGCUGGAUGGCUGAGAAGAGCCAGGAGGCCAACAAGCUGAACGCUGAGAACGAGAAGGACACCAGGCGCAGACAGGCUAAGCUGCAGAAGGAGCUGGCCGACGCCGCCAAGGAGCCGCUGCCCAUCGACCC